AUGCCUGUUACAAAAAGGCAAAAUAAGAAAGGGAAAAAGGGCGGCGCCGUUUUUCGCUUUUGCACCAAAGCUUCCGUGUACACGCUUCUAGUUUGGAUUGUAAAUUGCUCCAAUACUAGCCAAUAUGGUGGUAAUUCGUACAAUGUGAUGAACAAUGGCCUUGGAAAGGCCGUGGAUUCAAGAACUUUGAGGUUAUUAGCAGAAGCUUACGAGGAAGCUAUAGAAGAAGAGGGAGAAACUACAGGAGAAGUUGGAACAGAAGAAGAAGUUGUAGAGAAAGCUCCUUCUCUAUCUUCAAUAGAAGAAGAAGUUGUUCAUGAAGUUGUAGAGGAAGUUGCAGGAGCUAUAGAAGAAGAUGAAGAAACUUCAGGAGAUGUUGGAGCAAAAGAACAAGUUGUACAGAAAGCUCCUUCUCUAUCCUCACUAGAAGAAGAAGUUGUGCAGAAAGCUCCUUCUCCAUCCUCAGUGCAAAAAACAGUUGCACAAGCUUCCAAAAAUGUUGGAAAGACUUCAGGAAAAGUUCCAAAACAAUUAUUAAGAAAAAAAAAAUUCAGAAUUAACGAUCUUGCAUCCAUUCUUGUACGACCUACAUAUAUAUAUGAUCAACCAGAACUACUUGCUCGUUAUGAACAACAAAGACUAAAUAUAUACAAAAGAAAAAGACCAACAAUAACAGAAGGAGAAGAUGAAGAUUUAAUAAAAAAUGUUAAUUUAUUUAACACACGAGAUCGCGCCCUGCAAGGAGACCCUUCAGCUAUUGCUGAAUACCCUAAAGGAUACUGGGAUCCAUUUUUGGCAUAUCAAAGAGCACUAAAAGAACUGCUGGAAAAACAUAAUGAAUAUAGAGAAAUGUUGGCAAACAACUUUUACAAUGUUAAAUUUAUAGAUAACUUUGACAAUAGUGAAGCACUAAAAAGACCAUACUACGAAAGAGAAUACGGACGCCUAGAUCUAAGCCCUGCUCCACCAAGACUAACCACUAAAAAAGUAGAGGAGGAAAAAAAAUAUGAACAAAAAGAAGAAAUAAAAACAAUAGAAAAGAAAAAGACAAGAAGAAGACUCUGCUGUUUUUAA